UUUGAUUUGAGGUUAGAGUUCAAACUCUUAAUUUCGGUUAUCAGCUAUAAUUUCUUAUCAAGGGCUCAAACUGUAUCCAUCCCGGUUUACUUAAGUUUUUGUAGUGUGUACCAAAUCAAUUUUUAAAAAUGAGAAGAAAACCAAAUAUUCUAAUUACUGGUACACCUGGUGUAGGAAAAUCAAAACUGUGUAAAGAAUUAAUUCGAAAUGGAUUAGAUAUGGAAUGGAUUGAAGUUGGUCAAGUAGCUAAGCAGUGUAAUUGUUAUUCUGGAUAUGAUGAAGAAUUGGAAUGCCAUAUACUCGAUGAAGACAAAGUUUUGGACGAAUUAGAAUCAAGAAUGGAAGAAGGAGGUAAAAUAAUUGAUUAUCAUGGUUGUGAUUUCUUUCCUGAGCGUUGGUUUGAUGUAGUAUUCGUAUUGAGAACUAAUAAUACAUUAUUGUUUGAUCGCCUUGAAAAAAGAGGAUAUUCAACUAAAAAACUUCAAAAGAAUAUUGAAUGUGAAAUAUUCCAAACUUUACUUGAAGAAGCUAUGGAAUCAUAUGAUAACAAUAUUGUAAAUGAGUUAUGUAAUGAAACCUUUGCAGAUAUGGAACGGAAUAUCACUCAAAUAAGUGCUUGGGUAAACCAAUGGAUUAAAGAUAAUGUUAAUAAAUAAAGUAAAAUGUAUUAAUAUUUGUUUAUUUCAACAAAUAUAACUUGUUUAAUAUAAUAUACCUAUUAUAAAACUGAAACUGUUAUUUAAUAAAUAAUUUAA